UGAAUUAAUUUAAUGUUUUAAAGUUACAAAACAGAACAUUGGCGACGAGGUAUUUUUAAAAGGAACCCGCGAUGGCUGCCGACCUGUUAAAGUGGAUCGAGAUGUCCGAACUAAACAAAACAGCCCAGCACGUGCGGAGGCGUCGAGUUAGAAAUAGAAGCGGCAAACGGAAAAAUUCAAAGUUCAUAAAGAGUGAGCAGCGAGUGGAAAUAAUUGUUAAAGCAUCAGAAAUGUCUGGCUACAUCGGGAAGAUUGGCAAGUUUGAUUAAUCAACGGGUAAUCGGCUCCAUGGAUACUGAGUCAUUGAAAUUAUUUGGGUGAGAUUUCCCUCCCAAAGCUGAUUGAAAAAUAUAUAAAGGCAGCGCACACGAAACUCAGCAGGUCAGGCGGCGUCUUUGGAAAAGAGAUCCGAGAGCAACUCUGCCAUCAGCCGCCGGAGCGACACAAAUUCCGAAUUAGUUCCAAGAAGACUCCUGUACAUUUUUUUUUGAAUUAGUUUCAUGUUUUAAAGUAACAGAUCAUAAUCUUCACACGAUCUUCUGUGGUUAAAUGCAGAAUCGAUUUAUUUUUAUUUUUCACUGCAACUUUCUACAAUAAACCAAUUUUUGUUUCCGGAAUUUGCAUUAGCAGGGCUACUGGAAAAAGUGAUGGGGAAAUCCACCCCGCUACAUAGAGAUCAAAGAAAUAUAAUUCCCCUUGAAAUGAGUGGUUACUAGUAGAAUGAUACGAUACAAACGAAAAAAGAAAUGCUGUCCCAAUUUCUUACACCUCAGAUAAAUGUCCUGCUUCGCAUGCUGUGGGAAGGGAGACAAAGGUUCUGCUUCGUGUGGAUUUUCUAUAUAAUCAGCCUUGACUGCGUGGGGAGUCAAUCACUCAGUGAUAGGUUGUGUUAUCCCCGCCCCGAUAGAAACUAAAACUGCGGCUGUUCAUGGUUCGCGAUGUCGACAGUGUUCGUGUCGCUCUUCCAGUGGAUCUGAAUCCAGCGUCCCCGGCGCUGUAAAGCGGCUCUCCAUGAAAGGAUUCUGCAUUUGAAGAACUGGAUAUAAUUUCCUACAAAUUUAUUAUAUUUUAUAAAGUAUUAUUACUUUACGAGUAGCGAAAGGAUCGUGAGGUCGGUGUUUAAUCUCCAUAAACAGCUGAUCUCUGGGUUGAGCUGUAAGAAACUGUCAAGCCCUACAAAAUGGCAAAGAAUCCGCUGAGGUGGGGGUCUUUGUGAGUAGGAGACAGUAAAUAUACUAAAGGAUGUGUUCUGUUCCAAUGAAGAAUGAGAACUGGAAACUACUGCCUGUCGCCCUAAAUGUCUCACUGUUAACAGCAUUGCUCAUCACUGGAUGGAUGAUCAUUGUUGAUAGUGAUCAUGCAGUGGUUUUCUCAGGAAAUCUCAGGGGUCAUAUCGGGAGCAGGAGGUGGCACGGAUUGGAAUCCAUUGAUAGGUCGAUGGCGCUCAGUAAAAGAAAUGGGGAUAAACACAUGGUCCAAAUUCCAGCUGGAGUGGAAAAGCUCAAUGUAGUAGCCCCAAAUCUACAGGCUUUGCUCUUAAUUGUUUCUAUCGUUACCUAUAUCACAUACCAAGAAAACAGUGAAAAAUAUUGCUUGUUAUUUUCAGCUACAAAAUAUGAAGAAUUCAAAAAGAUUAUUUUGCUUCUAUUACUGAUUUCCCAAGUUCCAGUGACAACUGCUUGUGACCCAGGGGAGUACGAAAAUGAUGGUGUCUGUUGUUUAUUGUGUUCUCCAGGCAGUAGAGUAUCCAAACACUGCACCGUGAUGACGGGAACGACAUGUAAUCCCUGUACAACUGGAGAGUAUAUGGAGCAUCCAAAUCAGCUAAAGAAAUGUUUUAAGUGUAAAAUCUGUGAUCCAGAGCCUGGACUACAAACUAAAGAAAACUGUACUGCCUUUCACAAUACGAUAUGUGAGCCCAGGGAAGGGUAUUAUUGCAUUGCUGAUUGUCAGAUGGUCAGAAAGCACACAGCAUGCCCACCUGGUGAAGGAGUUAAAGAGAAAGGAACACCUUUCAAAGAUACAGUGUGUGAGAAAUGUCCUCACGGAACAUUUUCAAGCAAAGUUUCAACAACUGAAGAGUGUAAGAGCUGGACAGUAUGUGAAACCCUCAAACUUAAACAGGUUGAAGCAGGGAACGCUGAAGCUGACGUGAAGUGUGAAGAAGAGUCCAACCUGAAAGUUGUGGUUGCUGUUGUUGUGGCGAUUGCUGUGGUUGUAAUUCUGUCUGGUAUCGCGGCAGGUGUUUUGUUGAAGAGACACCAAUGUACACCAGGUAAUGGGAACAUUGGAGACACCAGGAAUCACAAUGGAGUUGAGCUGUCGAUUGAGUCUUCGACUGAGCCUCUCAACGCUUCAGGAAAAUUCACAGUGUGAAGUGGGAGAAAUCAUGAGAAACAGCCUGAAACGGGCUGUAAUUCCAUUCCAAUCUCCAAGAUGGGUCAAGUGUUUCAUUCUGUGAAAAAUAUGGACUUCACAUAAUAUACACUAGUUGUGCACUAAACUUGGAAUCACAAAAUAUUCAACUUCAACUAACCAGUUGCAAAUCUCUAAGCACUCAUGUGAAAGAAGUAACAUCAGGAAGUGAAAUAUUAAGUGAAUAUCAGGAAGAAUUUUGACGGACAUAUAAAAAACAAGGAGAUGGCUGAGAUAAGCGUGGAAUCCGAUCCUGGCAAAUUAAUGACAGGAAGCAAAGAGGUGACAAAUACAUAUUUUUCUUACAUCUGUCUUUUCAGCGAGAAUACAGCUAAUAUCCCUCGGAUUACAAAUGGGUUAAUUUAAGGUAACAUGGAGGAAGUGGUUUGCGACACAGAAGCAAAGAACUCUACAGCUCCAGUGAGUGAGAUACAAUUCCCACCAUUGUCCGUAAGGAGUUUGUACGUUCUCCCCGUGACCGUGUUUGGGUUUUCUUCGGGUACUCCCUUUUCUUCCACAUUUCAAAAUUGAUGGACAGAUUAGUAAAUCAUUGGCUUGCUGUGUGCUGGCUCCAGAAGCAUGGGAAUGUGUUUGGGCUGUCCCAGUGCAUCCUUGGAACGUGUUGGUCGUUGGUGUAAACAGUGCAGGUUUCACUGUUUCAAUGUACAUGUGACAACUAAAGCUAAUCUUUAAAAUCCAAAUCACAAUGGACAAAAUGUCAGAGAAGCUCACAUGACUGCUUGGAAACCAGCUGGAGGAGCCAUUGGUUUUAAAGGAAAGGGCUGCAGAGAUCAUAUACCUAUUGGUUGAAAAUUUCCAAACCUUACUAAAUUCCAUGGAUUGGAGAGUCCUGGAUUCCAUUGUGUCUAAUGAUGCAGAAGACCACAGAAUUGUGAUGUUGAUUUUGGAUACUGAAUUGUACUGAACAUUAAAUAAAGCAAAUUCUGAUAUGUCUAUCCACGGCCUCCUCUAUGUCAAGAUGAAGCCACACUCAGGUUGGAGGAACAACACCUUAUAUUCCUUCUGGGUAGCCUCCAACCUGAUGGCAUGAACACUGACUUCUCUAACUUCCAUUAAUGCCCCACCUCCCCUCCGUACUCCAUCCGUCAUUUAUGAAUUAUUAUUAUUUUUCUCUCUCUCUCCUUUUUCUCCCUCUAUCCCUCUGACUAUACUCCUUGCCCAUCCUCUGGGCUUCCCCCCUCCCCCUUUCUUUCUCCCUGGGCCUCCUGUCCCAUGAUCCUCUCGUAUCCCUUUUGCCAAUCACCUGUCCAGCUCUCGGCUCCAUCCCUCCCCCUCCUGUCUUCUCCGAUCAUUUCGGAUCUCCCCCUCCCCCUCCCACUUUCUUUCUUUUUCAAUCUUUUUAUUAAUUUCAAAAUAUAAAAACAAAACAUAGCGAUAAUACAAAUAGUAGGAGAUAUAUUGUUACAUUUAAAAAAAGUAAUUGCAAAACCAAGUAGUGUAAAUUAACAAAGCUCCCAAACAUGUAGAACUAACCACGGAUAAUACAAAGCAAAAAAAACUGGGGGAAAAAUCAUGAAAAAGAAAAAAAAAAGAAAACAAAAAAAAGCAAACCCCAUCCCCAAAGAAAAACAAAAUUAAUCAACUAAACUAAAAGACUUGGGCAAAACUAACAACUUAAAAGUGGAAAAGAAGAAAACCUUAGUGUCGACGACUCCAUUCCCCUCCAACAACAAUACAGAGAGAUAAAACAAGUUUGGAAAUGAUCAAAUUACAUCAAAUGAAAACGCUGAAUGAAUGGCCUCCAAGUUUUUUCAAACUUAAUGGAAGGGUCAUAAACUGCACUUCUAAUUUUCUCCAAAUUCAAACACACCAUAGUUUGUGAAAACCAAUGAAAUACAGUAGGAGGGUUAAUCUCUUUCCAAUUCAACAAAAUGGACCUUCUAGCCAUUAAAGUAAGAAAUGCAAUCAUCCUUCGUGAUGAAGAGGUUAAAUUAUUUAAGUCUAUCAUUGGUAGUCCAAAGAUAGCAGUAAUUGGAUGAGGUUGUAAGUCUAUAUUUAGGACCGUUGAAAUAAUAUCAAAAAUAUCUUUCCAAUAUUUCUCCAACAAGGGACAUGACCAAAACAUGUGGGUUAAAGAAGCUAUCUCGGAAUGGCAUCUGUCACAUAUUGGAUUAAUAUAAGAGUAAUAACGAGAUAGUUUAUCUUUGGAUAUAUGAGCCUCGUGCACUACUUUAAACUGUAUCAACCUAUGCUUAGCACAUACAGAGGAUGAAUUCACCAACUGAAGAAUUUGUUCCCAUUUUUCAGUCGGUAUAUUAAUCUCAAGUUCUCUUUCCCAGUCAGCUUUAAUUUUAUUAGAAGCAUCAGGACAUAAAUUCAUAAUUAUAUAUAAUUGCUACUACACUUUUCUGAGAGAGAUUUAAAUCUAAGAUUUUUUCCAAGGUGUCCAUUGGAUAUGGAUAUGGAAAAUUAGGAGAGACAGUAAUUAAAAAGUUUCUAAUCUGUAGAUAUCUAAAAAAGUGAGAUCUGGGUAAGUUAUAUUUAUUAGAGAGUUGAUCAAAGGACAUAAAACAAUUAUCCAACAAUAAAUCACGAAAAGAUAUUAUACCUUUGGUUUUCCAAUCCAAGUAAGCUUGAUCCAUCGUGGAAGGUUGAAAAAGAAAAUUUGAUAUAAUGGGAAUUGAAACCAUAUACGUAAAGUAUGCUUAACUAUUGGUUGUUCAUUUUCCAGCUCUUGGCUCCAUCCCUCCCCCUCCUGUCUUCUCCGAUCAUUUCGGAUCUCCCUCUCCCCCUCCCACUUUCAAAUCUCUUACUAUCACUUCUUUCAGUUAGUCCUGACAAAGGGUUUUGGCCUGAAAUGUCGACUGUACCUCUUCUUAUAGAUGCUGCCUGGCCUGCUGCGUUCACCAGCAUUUUUUAUAUGUGUUGCUUGAAAUUCCAGCAUCUGCAGAUUUCCUCGUGUUGACAUUUUGACUUUUGUCUCAGUGGAGGUGUUUGGACAUUCACAGGUGUUCUGUUAUUUAUAAUGGGCUCUCCUUGUUAAAGUGGAAUUCUAAAUGUAUAAAUGUAUACCAACAAAAGUAAAUAGUGACAUUGUAAUUACAGUGGCUGACAGUGCAACGUGGUACAUCUUGGCCCAAUUAAGCACUUGCCCCAAUUAGUCAAAGUUUCAUGGAAAUAGUUAAAAAAGUGUUAAAAAAAAUACAAACUGAGUGACAAAUUAUGUAUGUAUUUAAAUUAAAUGCGGAGCAAAUUUGAACAAUACCAAUACUAGUACAGUACGAUAAAAUUGUUUGUUAGUUGCUCAUAGUUAUUGACUGAGAAAUUCAGAAUGGCUACAAGGUGGAGGGAAUCAAUUGGGGCCCUUAAAAUGGCCGAUGGAUUGGAUGAGGACAACCAGUCAAGAGGGCUGGAAUACAGGAGUAUAAAUACCACUGGAAUAGACAUACCCAGGCAUCACCACUGAUGAAGAUGGCAGAACUUGUCAUUGGAACAUCAGUUAUAAUUGACACCUGCGCCUGGCUAGAAGCUCGAGAAGAGAUUAUUAGUGUCAUUGUAGUUAUUGAAAGUGUACUGAUUCACCAGCUGUUUAUAUUUGUACUUAUGUUUACAUAAACUGGAUAUGCUUUGAGUUCACCACAGAAUGUCUCUGUGGUGUUUCCCGAUCCCUCCCCCUUCCCUUCUCCUUUUCCCAAUCGUGAUUCCCCUCUCCCCGCUCCCUUCCCACUCUGUCCACAGCAGAGACCCACAUCAGAAUCAGGUUUAUCAUAAGUCAAGAAUUGUUUUUGCAGCAGUACAGUGCAAUACAUGAAAUUACUACAGUGCCAUGUAAAAGUCUUAGGCACCCUAUAUACAUGUGCCUAAGAGUUCUUAUUAUAGUACUGUAAAUUCACAUUGCUUCUUUGAAAGGAGUCCCUCUCCUCCUGAAUCUGAGAUUAUCACUUGUAAAGAAAGAGUUCAAUUUGAUUCCUCCUUGGUCGCUGCUCAAAUGUACAAUACAAAAUGGGUGUUUCUAAGACAAAAUGUUCUUAGUGUAGAAUGUGGGAAUAUUUUGAGAAAGUACAAGAAACCAGUCCACAGCAGUGUUUGGAGAGUUUAGUGUGAGCACUAGUCUAUAACGCUGAGAGCAGAUGAUGGUAGAGAACAUCUUUGUCUGGAGAGGGAAGAAGAUUCUACAGGUGCAGAUAUGGCCUGGCAUUUUCGCAUGCAUUAGAGCAAGGGAUCUUGAAGGAUAUAAAAAGGGGCAAUUCUGUUAUGCAAUUGGGAAUCUUAAAAUGGGUUGUGCCUUUUCCAAGAGCUGGAUAUAGAGGCUAGGACAACAAGAGGGAAACUGAAGAAGCUGUCGGAUACUUGUAGUGCCCUCCAUCACUACGUUGUGUGGUUUGGAUCAGUAAUUAGUUUUGUCUCUUUUACGACUUUAUUAAUCAUUUUCAUUUCUGUUUUUUAUCUUGUAUGUAACUCUGAAGUAAUUUCUUACAGUCUUUAACACACGUACAGUGUCUCCUAUGUUUGUGGAUACAUCUUGCUGCUGGUCAGUAGGGAACAGAGCAAACUUUAAAAUAUUUUCAUUCCAUCACUAUGAACUACAUCACUGAAGUUAGCUCAAAAUGGUUGAACAUAGAAUAGUACAGCACAGUACAGGCCAUUUGGCCCACAAUGUUGUGCCGACCCUCAAACCCUGCCUCCCAUAUAACCCCCCCACCUUAAAUUCCUCCAUAUACCUGUUCAGUAGUCUCUUAAAUUUCACUAGUGUAUCUGCCUCCACCACUGACUCAGGCAGUGCAUUCCACGCACCAACCAUUCUCUGAGUAAAAAAACCUUCCUCUAAUAUCUCCCUUGAACUUCCCAUCCCUUACCUUAAAGCCAUGUCCUCUUGUAUUGAGCAGUGGUGCCCUGGGGAUGAGGCGCUGGCUAUCCACUCUUAUCUAUUCCUCUUAAUAUGAUAUGAAUAUUGUGUUCUGUAACUUCUGGAGUUUACAGAAAAACAAAAUUGGUUUGUAAAAUGUUUUUAAGUUGCAAUUUAUAUAUAACUUAUAUUUAACUUGAUGGGCUGAAUGGCCUAUUUCUGCUCAUAUAUCUUAUGGUCUAAAAGAUAAUGGUAAUAUAGCAAUACUCCCGCUACUGAAAGCAGUUUGCAAAGAGAGGUUGUUUCCGGGUUGCGGGGUUUUACUUCCUGUCUUUUCUGCCCGGUGGCAUGCGUGUGACUAAACUAUUUAGUAGGUCAAUCUUGCCCUUCACUAAGGCCGAGGUAGGGGAACUUGGGCUUAAAAAGGUUGACAACCACUAGUCUAAAUGGAAAUGGUGGAGCACAAAUAUAAUGUAUAAUGACAUAUUAGAAGUCUUGCAAGAAGUUUACAUUUAUGAUUGCAUUUGCUGAUUUAUGUUGUCAAUAAGUAAACCUUUUAAUACAUUGUUCAUUACAUGUAUGCAAUAGAGGAGCUCUAUUUUUACAAAAUAAGAAAGACUGGAACGUGGAACCAAAUUUAUAUUAUGAUAUGUCUGAUUAUCUAAGAUGUAACAUUGAGCAUUGAACCAUAUGUGUAGCAUAGAUAUAUUAUGAAAUGGAAGAUUAAUGUAGGACUCCAUCAACAGAAAGGAAAAUUAAAUACCAAUAACACUGGACAACAAAGAGAACUUUUGCGUGUAUUUUAUGGAUUUUGAGCUGCUGAUUAUGAAAAUCACCACGGAAUUACCCUAUCACUCACAAUUUUCUUAAAAAUGGACCACAUUUGUCAUUUUAAUUCAUAAUUCAAGUCAGAAUAACUGAUGCUAAUAUUAAGGAAGGCAUUAUUUGUCGGUCCACAAACUAAACAGGUCACCAAUGACAGGCAAUUUGAAGAACCUCCAGUGGGACUGGGGAAAAUCGCAUGGAAUACAUUCAAGCAUGUUGAAAAUCUCCUUGGCAACUACAAAGCACCAGACUAUGUGCAGCUGGUUAACAACAUGCUUCAAGUAUACAAAACCAUGAAGUGUAACAUGUCACUCCGUUCAUUUUCUGCAUUCGCAUUUAGACUUGUUCCUUACAAAUCUUGUUCUGGUCAGUAAUGAGCACGGGGAAAGGUUUCACCAGGACAUUGCAGUCAUGGAUAAACAGCAUCAGGGCAACUAGAAUCCAUCAAUGCUGGCUGAUUAUUGUUGGACACAUAAGCGAGAAACCUCAGACACUAAGUACCAAUGAAAAUAGUCAAUAUUUUUGGCUGAGUCGCAUUUGUCAUCGUCAGAGUCAUAGUCAUACUUUAUUGAUCCCGAGGGAAACUGGUUUUUGUUACAGUUGCACCAUAAAUAAUUAAAUAGUAAUAAAACCAUAAUAAUUAAAUAGUAAUAUGUAAAUUGUGCCAGGAAGUAAGUCCAGGACCAGCCUAUUGGCUCAGGGUGUCUGACCCUCCAAGGGAGGAGUUGUAAAGUUUGAUAGCCACAGGCAGGAAUGACUUCCUAUGAUGCUCAGUGUUGCAUCUCAGUGGAAUGAGUCUCUGGCUGAAUGUACUCCUGUGCCCAACCAGUACAUUAUGUAGUGGAUGGGAGACAUUGUCCAAGAUGGCAUGCAACUUGGACAGCAUCCUCUUUUCAGACACCACCGUGAGAGAGUCCAGUUCCAUCCCCACAACAUCACUGGCCUUACGAAUGAGUUUGUUGAUUCUGUUGGUGUCUGCUGCCCUCAGCCUGCUGCCCCAGCACACAACAGCACACAUGAUAGCACUGGCCACCACAGACUCGUAGAACAUCCUCAGUAUCGUCCUGCAGAUGUUAAAGGACCUCAGUCUCCUCAGGAAAUUAUUGCAAAGUGUCAGUACUGUUCUGCGAAAAAACACAUUAUAUUCAAUAAAUAUUAGUUUCUUGUUCAGCCAAAUUUCUACAUGAUACAAGUAGUCUGAAAUUAUAUUUGUGUUCAGCUUCAAGCAGUCAAUCAUGAACAAAAAAAAAUUUUAAGGAAGCAACGUUUUCAAAAAAAAAUUUGUUGUCCAGAGUAAACUGAAAGGGCCUCCAAGAAAACGAGUGUUUGUGGGUUAGCUGAGGCAAAUGCUUAGAGAGUGUCAGUUAAUACCAAUGCCACAUUUCACUGUGUGUGCAUA